CCAAAACCAAACAAACAAAAGAGUAUUUAAAACACAACCAAAAACUCAAAGGACAGAGCAAAAAAAAAUCAAGAAACAGAGAGACAGGUUUCAAAAUGGGGAAACCAGCUGGGUAUUGGGUUAAUAAGAUCAGGACAUCAUUCAAAGGAGGAUCAUCGUCGAGCAAAUCAUUAGAUGAAGGAAGUGCUUCUGGUUCUAGAAAGAACGAUUCGAAGCAUAGUAAGAAUCAGAAAACAGAGGGAAGUAAUAAGAAUGGUGAAGGAGGAGGAGCUUCUCAAGCUGAGAGUGGGAGGAAAGUGAUGAUUGUUGUGGACACAACUUCACAAUCGAAGAAUGCACUUCAAUGGGCAUUAACACAUUGUGUUCAAGAUGAAGACAAUGUCACUCUCCUCCACGUCACAAAAACACCCAUAGGACAAGCUGUAGAUGAGACACAAAGGGAGAGAAACUCAAGGGCUCAUGAACAAGUUCAUCCAUUGAAGAACUUUUGUCAGCUCAAGAAACCUAAUGUGAAGACGGAAAUAGUGGUGGUUGAGACGGCGGAGGAGAAAGGGAAGACAAUAGUGGAGGAAUCAAGGAAGCAAGGAGCAGGAGUUUUGGUGUUAGGGCAGAGGAAAAGAACAUCGAAGUGGCGAGUGAUAUGGAAGUGGCGUGCGAAGGGAGGCAUGGGAGGAGGAGUGGUUGAGUAUUGUAUUCAUAACUCCGACUGUAUGGCUAUUGCCGUGAGGAAGAAAAGUAACAAUGGAGGUUACUUGAUCACUACGAAACGUCACAAAGAUUUCUGGCUCUUGGCCUAGCAUUAAUUAUUACCUCACCUCCUAAAAUCAAAUUCCUUUUUUUUUUUUAAUCUUUUUUUCUUUUGUUAAUUGAAGUUUUAUUUUUGACGUUAUAUGUUUAUGGACAUGAUUGAUCUUUAUCGUGAACGACUGCUUUUAAAAAAAAUGUAAAGACUUCAAUUUUAUUUAUGUUUGUUCUUGUGCUGAACUCUAAUAAGCUAAUUAUGUUAUAUAAGCUGAAAAUUGG